CUAAAAAGCUACUGUUGGUUGCAACAACACUGUUGGUGGUCAUAAGAUGUCAUUCUGACUGGUUAAUGUGCAUAUGGGUCACCGUCCUGACACAGGACAGAGCAGAUCUGCAUGUUGAAGCAGAAAAACCUAUGCAACACAGUUUAAUUUGAACUUUAUAUUUAUAUUUUACAGAAAUGCAUGUAAAUACCAUUGGCAAAAUGAAAAUCAUGUCACCCGCCACUGAGUCUUUCAGAUGACAUCAUACACAUUCCAAGGUAUUAGAUAUCAAAUGCACACAGAUGGGUGAAUGUAAUCAUCCUCUUAAUUAGUACCAACAAAUAAGCAGCAGUAAGCACUAAUGGGAACUUGUUCCACAUGAAAGAGUUGUGUUUAUGUUAAUGCAUUUGCCCCCCAACACACACACACACAGACACACACACAGUCAAUGUCCAAACCAAGUCUAUAAGAGGGGAGCAAAUAAGCUCCCUGUUUUCACCGUGGUACAGUCCUGCAUUGACCUGAAAUCUCUACAACAGGCACCCCGAUCAAGUUAAUGUGUUUCCCAGUGUUGGGCAGUAGCGGCACUACAUGUAGCGCGUUACAAGUUUAAUUACAUUUUUUGCCAUGUUGCUGUAGCUGAGCUUGCUACAUUUCUCUGGGAGGCAGCUUCAGCGUAGUGAAGCUUCAUUUAAUGUAACUUAGCUCACUUUCUAAGCAGCUUGCCCAACACUGGUGUUUUCUACUCAUCAAGCUGAAGGAGAGAAGGAAAAAGGUGUUUGGGAGAUGUAUAUUAAAUAGAAAAAAAAACACUGGAGAAGGUAGAACAAGUGUUCAGAUGCUCUAGAAGUAAAGUGCUCUGAAAUCCAUUGCAAUCACUCUCCUGACUCUGGGGAGGGUGGGUGGUGGGGGGGUGGUACGACAUCAAGACAGCACUGUGUGGUCUCUGUAGAGGGAGAAGAAAUCCAAAUGGCAGCUGACACAUUUAAAGUAAUCCAAGAAAACGACAUAGAUACAUGCCAUGCUAGUAAUGCACAUUUACUGUAUACCUACACUGAAAAUGAACUAUGCUGCAUUGAUCAACAAUACAAAUGCUGCUGACUGAAGGUGGUUAAGAUCUGAUCUGAGUGUAACUUGAGUGUGUAGAGCUGCAGCAAACAUCCACUCUGCCACCUGAGAGUCGAAACAAAAUCCAAAAAAUAUUGUUGAGUUUUUUGGUAUACCUUCAAAAUUUCAUAUUCAUUUGAUGCUCAAAUUUCCUAGAAACAACAAAGAUGAACCAUCCACUGCAGGUAAAGACUAUACUUAUUUUUUUUUUUAUUUGGCUGUUCCACAGUCCAGACUCAAAACUUAAGGUGACUGUGCUUUCUCUAUUAGGGACCUGUACUUUGGAAACGUGCCUGAGGAAAUUAGGCAAAUCAGUUACAUAUUUUAAAUCCCUUCUAAAAACACACUUCUGUGAACUUGUAUGUAUAGUUUUUGAUCUGUUCUUAAUAUUAUCUCUGUUGGUGUAUUUUUAGCUGUAUCUGUUUACCUCAUAUAUUACCUUUAUUUUUAUUCCCUAUUGCUGUUUUGGGUUUUACUGUAUGUAAAGCACUUUGUAAACAUUGCUUUUAGGAAAGUGCUAUACAACUAAAGUUAUUAUUAUUAUUAUUAAAUGUUCCAAUUUUUUUUCAGCUACAGUAAAUGAAAAUAUAUCCACACUGACUCUCAGAGAUGCGCAUGUGAAAUCACUACGCAACCCCUCAGGUUUUAUUAAUGCUCAGUGUCGUUUUUUUUCCUCUGGCACACUUGUGAAGUGUCAUGUUCAAAUCACACAGAUCUCCUGCUGUCUGUACGCUGUGGAGAUGUUUCACUGUGGGCUUAUGGAGCUGGAGCUGAAAAAUAAAUCAAUCAACAAAAACGGAGCUUUCUUCUUGUGUACUCCUUAUUAUAGUAGCUAUACUCAUCAAGUCCAUUUCUGAUGUUCUUUAGCCUGGUAAAGACAGUCUGUGUCCUAGCUGUCCUCUCUGCUGCUGACAGGACAGCUGCUGCUGAGAACAGAGGGAGGAGGCACCAUGGAUUAAACACAUUGGACGUGGCGUUGAUGUAUUGCUUCUGGUGAGGAUGUGAGUGGUUUUCUGCCUGUAUUGAAAAUGUAAUAAAUGUAACUGUAGGUAAAGGACCUCAGGACGUGUUUGACCCCGGUAAAUAAUAGCUAGAUAGUUGAGAAAUAAUUAGCUUCAUUUAGCCCCAUCAGAAAGUUCACAUACACAGUGAAGAUCUUAGUUCUGAAUGUUCUCAAUCAUCAAGUACAGAGUAUAAAUUUUUGGAAUAAUAAUUCCAUACAUUUCUACAUUUACUGAGUUUAUUCAGAUAUGGAUUUUUUUUUUUUUAGAAGUGCCGAUGCACCAGGUUUCAACUGGGGUUUCCUAAGAUAAAUCAGCUUUUAUAUUUCACUUUGUUCUGCUUUGGAUUUUGUGUAUUUGUAGUUUGGGCCUUCCGAGACCACCGAUCUAUUGUUUAAAUCAGUUUUAUAUCAUAUAUACAUAUAUGCCAAGUUUACAUUCAAAGUUGGUCUCAUUAGUUUUUCUUUGAAGUUGGUUAUUGACACACAAUGAUGUUCUGACAUCAUAUUCACAUUCUAGAACUCUUAUUGUCUAAUGUCACGGAAUUUGCUCUUGACCAGAUUCAGUUUAUCAGACCUGCAGGACAGAAGCAGUUUAGUCAAAUCUGACUUUGAUAAAAGUUACAAAGAUGUUUCUUCUGUGUUGCUGUUGUGGAAAGAAAUCAACAAGUGUUACAGAUGUGGUGGCAGACCAGAGCAGACAGACACGCACUUCUCAGAGGAGUGUUGCCGUCCCAGACGCUUCUGCUGCCACCGGCAACAAGGAUGAAAGGAGCCAGUGGAGGUUUCCACUCUUCGGUCGCCCCUUUAUAAAAGAAAUUCAUCCUGAAAAGGAAAAGCAAAAUGUCGCCACCUCAGACGACAAAACCACCGGGUCAAAGCAAAAGGCUAAGAAGCCUCGGUGGUGGCAUCGGUGCAAGAAGAGACGUCAGGUCGCACCAGCUGUUGAAGAACAGAGCCUGAAGGAACGGUGCCACUCCACCCCUCACCAGGACGAGGUGGUGGAGUUUAAAGGCCUCACUAAGGAGGAGGAAAGACUGUUGGAGGAAGACAAGAAGGUUCCUCCAACUGUGCCCAAAAAGGAGGAAGAAGAUGCUGUCUCCACCACUAACAUCGUCAGACAUCAGCAGGGCAAGUGUCAUGGGCUCCCCAACCCAGCACAGAUCUGCUACAUGAACUCCUGUCUGCAGAGCCUCCUGACACUGGAGGACUUUGUUAGAGCCAUCAGCGGUCAGGAGCAGGUUUGGAGUUUGAUCCCUGAGGCUACACUGAUGAGAUCAUUUAUGGACAUCAAAGGGUCUCACCUCUCCAGCGAUGCCCGUCAUAAAAUCAACCUCCUCGAUGCAUUCAAGAAGGCGGUCUCUGUGUGGGCUCCAGAGUUUCAGGAUCUCCACCAGAAAGAUGCUCAUGAGUUCCUCACCUCUGUGCUGGAGCAGAUGAGGUGUUUGGGCCCGAGGCUGCAGGGGAUGGCAGCCAGCAUGGGCAGAGUCUACAGCUGUCCGGUGGAGGAUCACCUGGUGUUUAAGAUGCAGAACACCAGGACAUGCAAGAGGUGCAGUGCAGGAUCCACCAGAGAGGAGGAGUUUACAAACCUGUCCCUGGACCUGGUGCCUGGUGGAACAGUGGAACAGAUGCUCCAGGAUUACCUGAUGGAGACACAGUUGGAGUACAAGUGUGUGUGCGGUGCCACCACGUCAGGCCAGCGCUCGUCCUUUGUGACCCUGCCAAGAGUGCUUGUCUUGCACCUGAAGCGCUUCAGAUUUUCUCCAUCUUUCCAGCUGGAAAAGGUCUGUGACCCUGUCGUCCUCUUCAGAGAGCUGGUGGUGUCCUCCAACCAGGGUGGUGGCUGCUACAGUCUGGUCAGCACCAUCAGUCACAUCGGCCUCACAGCAAGAAGUGGACAUUACAUCAGUGACGGGACGGAUCUGGAUGUGGGAAUGGAGGACCCGACUGACCGCUGGUUCACCUACAAUGAUGCAGAGGUCACUGAAACGAGCGGCGACUCUGUGUGUGAUCAGCGGCAAAAAAACGCCUACAUCCUGUUUUACAAAAGACACGUAAGAGUACAACACUGUCACAUCUGCACUGAAGUGACACACAUCAACGAAAUGAUGUGGCAGAGACAGAGACACAAACACUGAUGGUCUUUAAAUUUCCUCAAAUAGCAAUUCAGACUGUUUACAGUUGAGAGCUGUGACACUGUUUUUAUUGUAUUGUAAGUGUUUUCAGGACGGUGGGACGCUCCUUUAGGACUUUGGAAUGAAACCCAUCGGCGGGAGCAGGGACCUGAACUCCCUAACAUGAUGGAGUCCAGAGGUCCAACCAGGGGGCGUGAAAAGGUAAGUGUCGUCUCCCUCUGUGUAGUCUCAGUGUAAGGUGAGGCUGAACAUGGAGGUUUGAGAUGGCCAGCACAUCCAGAGGAGGAUGGAUGAAGACCACAUUCAGUGGAUGAUGGACGGUGAGCAUGUCCCGUGGCCAGGAGCAGCAGCAGGUCCCCCAGCCCUCAGGAGGAUGGACCCCCCAGAGAGCCUGGUUCCUCUCAGAGGGAACUUUUCCUUGCCACAGUCGACAAAAAGUCUAAGCUCACAUGUGUGCACUGACAGGACAAUAGAAAUUCUACCUGGAACUGAAAUCCAGCUAGAAUUUCUAUUGUCAUGCUGAACAGAUGGUCUGGUCUGUUCUGGACCGGCAUACAGCUCGCUGACUGGGGAAGACGAUGAAGUGAAAGUAAAUGAAUACUUUACUUUAAGUUUACUUUAGUUUCUAUUUAACUAAAAGUAAAGAAUUUAUUUAAAAUGCAAGAUUGUUUGUGUUUUGUUCAGUAUGGGUAUAGUUGUAUCAAUAGGAAUUGUUAUAGUACCUGCACACUGCAGUGUAAUGGGUGUACGAGGUAAGUUUGCACUGGUAAAUGAUAUAUUUAUUGGUUAAAAAUGAAAUGGAUAAAAUUAAAAGGCGAACAAAUA